AUGGCGCUGCUGUUCCUCACCUUUUGGCUCCUCCAAGGGUACGAACUUUUGUCUUCAGCAGACCAUGCCGACUCGCUGAACCAGUCGUGUGAGGAGGAGGCCUCAUUCAUACAGCUGGACAAAGCCGACACUGAUACCCGUGAGAGCGCUUGGCUGCUGGGCAAGCCAGGAGAGUCUUGCACCGAGACCUGUAUCUUUGGCAGCAAAUGCAACGUCGCGAAAUUGAAAAAUACGCGUGGCAAGGACUUGCUGCAAGUAGCUCGGGAUCUUGGACUACAGCCGUCUGCGCAGAGUCCCUUGACUGACCGCAGAUCGGUGUCCAGUCCCGAAUUCCUUCGUACGGGCCCGUACGCUGGUACUGUGUUUCAGGCCGAUCCUAAUUUCCCCGUGCAGAGCUGCGAGGCGAAAACGGCCAAUUACGAACGCUUUUGCUAUUGCGUAAAGAAGCCGAAGAAUUGCUGCACAAAGAAGGAACAGAGGAGAUGCAAAAAGAACAGGUAG